AUGUGGCAAGCGUACGCUACCAUAGCAUUCUGUGGUCCAUCAUGGACGAGCCACAGGACCAUAUCCAGCGUACGUAAGGAGUGUUUUGGACAUGUCUCGGAUCAAGCGUCAAGGGCAGCGUUUACCUUUCCGUUCGCGAGUCGGCGUGGUGUGCCCCGUGCGGCGGGGCGGCCACGAAGCAGAGGCCUUGGAGGUUUACGCACAAGGGACUCGCUUCAGCGCUUACUCAUGAUAGGCAACGCGGUUAGUGACGCGAGCGCUAGAGCAGAGCGCCCAGUCGUACGCGUACCGGUGAAGCCUACUGCGCACGAUGUCGCCACGGGGCGGGACCCUGAGCGCGUGCGCAUCUUCGAUACCACGUGUCGCGACGGCGAGCAGUCUCCAGGAGCCGCCAUGAACGCCGAAGAGAAGCUGACACUGGCGCGUCAACUGGCCGCGCUUGGUGUUGACGUUCUGGAGGCCGGCUUCCCGGCUGCGAGCAACGGCGACUUUGAGGCUGUGCGUCGGAUUGCGGAGCAAGUUGGGAACCGGCCCAAUCCGCCGAUUAUUUGCGGCCUGGCUCGCGCCACCGCCGCAGAUAUAAAACGAUGCUGGGAAGCCAUAGAGGUUGCGGCAUUUCCCCGUAUCCAUACCUUCAUCGCCACGUCCGAUAUUCAUCUCGAGCACAAGUUGCGCAAGACGCGCGCUGAGGUGCUCGACAUCAUAUCGGAACAAGUGCGUUACGCCUGCUCGCUUUGCAAGGACGUGGAGUUUUCGGCUGAGGACGCAACGCGGUCAGACCCCGAGUUUCUCUACGAGGCUUUCCGUCGGGCCGCGGAGGCAGGGGCGACCACGCUCAACGUCCCCGACACCUGCGGGUACAUUACGCCGAACGAAAUGUACACCCUCAUACGAGGCAUCUACGAGAACGUCCCGGGCGUUCGGACCGGCGAUGUUAUUCUCUCCGUGCACGGUCACGAUGAUCUGGGUAUGAGUGUUGCGAAUUUCCUCGCUGCCUGUGAGGCAGGCGCUCGCCAGGUCGAGGUUACCGUGAAUGGAAUCGGGGAACGGGCGGGGAAUGCAUCUCUCGAAGAGCUCGUCAUGGCGCUGUACGUGCGCCGCAAUUACUAUGCCAGAGUUUUUGGGCGGGAUGAUAUUGCGUCGGGUCAUAGUGAUCGUCAGCUGACGAACAUUCAGUUUCGAGAAAUUGCAAAGACGAGUCGAAUGGUGUCGAGCCUCACCGGUAUGGUCGUUGCACCGAAUAAGGCCGUGGUGGGCGCUAACGCUUUCCGUCACGAGUCGGGUAUACAUCAGCACGGAUACCUCCGUAACGCCUCUACGUACUCGAUCCUGAGCGCUGAUACCGUGGGUGCCACCACGAAUGCGAUCUCUCUGGGCAAACUGAGUGGCCGAGCGGCGUUUCGGGCACGCCUCACGGAACUGGGCUUCGAGCUCAGCGACGACGACCUCAACCGAGCGUUUCUGCGUUUCAAGGAGCUUGCGGAUCGAAAACGCGAAAUUACCGACGCGGACCUGGAGGCGAUUGUGAGUGGUGGCCUGAAGGAAAUCGGGGUCGAGCAUUUCAAACUCAAGCGAGUGCAGGUGCAGUGCGGCUCAUCGAGCAUACCGACCGCAACGGUGACUCUGCUUGUCAUGGAGACCGGCAAAGAGGUUACCGUUCCGCGGACUGGUACAGGCCCCGUCGAUGCGGCGUACUGUGCUGUCAACGCCGUCGUUGCGCAGCAUGGACUGGAUAUUGAGCUGCUCGAGUAUACUGUGUCCAGCGUCACGAGUGGCAUCGAUUCGCUUGGUGAGGUUAUGGUUCGCGUUCGGGAUCGGCGCAUGGAUCGCAUCUUUACGGGUUAUGCCGCAGAUACCGACGUGGUGACCGCCUCGGUUCAGGCCUAUGUGAAUGCUCUGAAUCGAUGCAGCCGGAAUACGAAUACGCCCCAGCCGAUUCACCCGCAACAUAGCAGUGCCUGA